AUUUCACAUGUCAAACCUCAUGACAAAUUGCUUUUUAGGAAGCGAUCAACUUUUUAUGGAAUCGAAAUUCUAUAUUUUCUCAAUGUUUUUUUCAGGUAACCUUCCUGAUGCUGAAGACUGGCUAUCUGACCCAAUGGGUAGUGAAGCCACCUACCUCCCAGACUGCAAUCAGGAACGUUCGGGAAUCUGCAAUAUCUCCGACACCUGGGCGCCGCUUACCACCUCUGACGUGCUCCCCACCGCCAACACCCCCUCCGCAAACCAAUCAAAUAACCCCUUCCUGAUUCCGUCCCGGCCCAUGUUCAUAUCCCUGCACUCUGAUUGGAACAGCGCUAUGGCCGCCUGGGGGUUAGCCUGGGAUGCACACGUGUACGGUCUGGGCUCCAUCUUCGCCAUGGUGACCCUGGCCUCGACGCUCAACCUGCUGUGCCUGCCCCUGCGCUGCCCUUCCGGCUGUGGCUACUUCGGCCUGGUCAGCGUCUUCCUCCUGGCUGCAGGGUGUACCAGGGCUUUCUCCCUCCUCUACGAUGCCUACGGCCACCAGGACCGGCUGCCCUCCACCGAGGCCUCCCUGCUGCUCUACGAAGCUCCGUUCCCCUGCCUGACUGCAGCCUUCGGCCUGGUCUUCCUGCUCCUCUCUAUGCGCUCCAGAAUGCAGCUAUCCUACUCAGCCUUCCAGAGACCCUGUUUCCUGGCCUGUCUGGUGUUGCUGCACUUCGCAGCAGCUUUUGGUCCUGUAGCCUUGCUGAGGCUCUACCAGAGGAGGACGCCCUUCUGCCUCUUCAUCUCGCUCAUCUCCAGGGGAACGUUUGUGGCGCUGGUUUCUUUUCUAUCGGUCGCCUAUUUUGUGUUCUUCUGCUACGUACGGGCGGAUUCAAAGCACAUUUACCACCUGAAUAACACCUCGCCCACGCCAGCUGAGCGAUACAACCGCUGUCCAUUCGCAGAGAGCAGGGACUGGGACCGUGCGGCUGCGACAGUGUGCCUUUCGGCUCUGUUCUGCCUGGCAUGUGCCGGGCUGCAGCUGUACGCCAUGCUCCACUCUCUGGGGCUCGCCGGAGGAGCAGAUGUGUUCCGCCCCUGGCCUUGGUGGACCUUCCAGCUCAGCUGCAGGGUUUGUGAGGCCGGAGUUUGUCUCACCUUAGCCCUGGUGGUGGCCCAGCCAAUCUACUGCUCUGACCACCUUCCCCAGCCUGGAAGCUGCUGGACGGAGCUGCUGGCGAUUAAGUCGCCCAUUAUGCCGGGAACCUACCAGUGGACCCUGAGCCAGCAGGAGAAGCUGGCCAUCUGUGACAUUGGGCACGGGGAGACAGAGUGCCUGCCCCUCUACACGCUGAUGGAUGAAAGGCUAGGCAGCAGCUUGAACGGCCUGGACCUCCUGUACCACAGCAACCGGGCCUUGGCUUACAGAGACCUGGACCUGAAUUUGGAUCUGCCUGGCUCCAGCAAGCCCGAGGACAGGUGUGGUGGAGAGGCGUCCGGGGGUUCCUCCUUCACCAGUGACUCCACGGCUGACCUGCGGCCGCCAUCGCCCAUCAACCUGCGCCGUAGUAUUGAUGAGGCGCUCUUCAGCGAGGACCUCUUUCCCAUAAGCCUCUUCAGAUCGUCCAUACCCUUUUGCUGCAGUGACCUGUCACUCAACAUCCCCUACUCCACAUCCACCCCUGCCCAAUGCCCAGAGGGGCACGCCCAACCCUCAUCCCCUGGGCGGCAGCUCAAGCCCCGCAUACAGCCUCCAGCCACCCAGGGCUCACACAUGCAGAGACACUAUCGCACACUGGGGUCAGCCUCACAGGAGAGUCUUGACCUAGAGUCACCACGGACCGGUCCGUACACAGAGGAGUUCAUCAAUGUCUGCAGACAGAUUGAUGCGAUGAGCAUCUGCA